UGAAUAUUAAUAUAUUAUAGAACCAUAUUUGUAAAUAUUUGAAUAAACAUACCUUUUAUACUGCAUUUAACUAAAAUAUUAUGGCUAGUAAAUUCGAAGGAUCGAAAACAGUUAAUGAAGACGAGAACACCACAUCCAAAGAUAUGAUGAUAGCUGACAAAUUAGUAAAUAUACCAUUGUCAAUUCCGUCUGGAGAUCAUAAACUCCAACAUCAAUACUGGUUUUGGUUCAGCCGUCGAUUUCCUGGAAAACCAGGAAAUACUCCUAGUUAUGAUCAAAACCUUAAAUAUUUAGCAAGGUUUGGUUCAGUUGAACAAUUUUGGACAAUAUAUAGUCAUUUAGUAAGGCCAUGUGCUUUGUUAUCACACAGUGAAUUUCAUUUGUUUAAAGUUGGAAUCAAACCUAUGUGGGAGGAUGAAUCAAAUGCUAGGGGUGGAAAAUGGGUAUUACGAAUACGUAAAGGUCUAGCAUCUAGAUGUUGGGAGAAUCUCAUUUUAGCCAUGUUAGGUGAACAGUUUAUGGUUGGUGAUGAAAUUUGUGGUGCUGUGGUUUCAUUAAGAUUUCAAGAAGACAUUAUAUCAAUAUGGAACAAAACUUCAUACGAUCAAGGAGCAACUAACAGAAUAAGAGAUACACUUCGCAGAGUAUUAAAUUUGCCACCAAACACAAUUCUAGAAUAUAAAACACAUAAUGAAAGCAUCAAAUCAGUAUCUAGUGUUUAUAAGAUGUAAAUUAUAUUAAUUAAAAACAACUUAAAUUAUAU